UGUUGAAAGGCUACUUUAAUCAGUCUUAAGAAUUGUAGAGAUUGUGUUAAUAUGUACAUAUUUACAGAGCUUAAAAUAAUGACCCAUUUCUUAAUAACUAAGUUACAAUAUAUUUAUUACUUAUAUUACUAAGUUAUAGCAAAUCGGAUACCAUUUUACGAAGCCGUGGUCUCUUUGUGAAUGAAUCUGAACAAAGUUUCAUUUAACUAAAUGGUACUUGGAAAAAUACAAAAUAACAUUUUAUGCAUUAUUCGAUUAAGUUAUUUUAUUCUAUUUCAGCCGUAAACAAUAAGAAGUACCUACAGUAUUGUUGUAAUUAUAGUAUAGUUUUGAUUCAGGUACACAUUAUCGAUAUGAGGUGCUGGCGAACAAAACGGUUUAAUUACAUAAUAUUAAUUGUCAAUUACUGAAAUGAAUAACAAAUCUAUUUUCUUUUUCAUACGCUAGUUAAUAAGGCUUUGAAAAGCCGGAGUCUCAUUACAGUAUUCUUAAUUUAUAACAAAUUCUUAGUGAAGCACAUUUCAAAGUGUCAGUAGUGACUCCAGUUUCAUUAGUGCAUUAUUUAAUAUUGCAAAAUUAUCAUUGCUUUGGUUUAGUUAGCUCAGCAUAAUCAUUAUUUCGAUCAAAUUAGCUGAACAUCAUCAUUACUUUGGUUGAGUUGACUAAGAAUAAUCAUUAGGUAGUUUGGUUCAGUCAGCUGAGCUGAGCCCAUAUUAGUUGUUUGAGUUGGCUAAGAACUUAUUUUAACUUCGGUAACAUUAGCUAGGUAUAAUAAUCAUUAUUUUGGUUAAGUUAGCUGAGAAUAAAAUCAUUAGUUGAGUUGGGUAAGAAUACUAAUUACUUUGGUUCAAUCAACUAAGCAUUAUCAUCACUUUGGUUCAGUUUGGUUAUUAAUUGGGAAUAAUAAUUCCUUUGGUUAUAUUAGAUAUUUUGCCCCCCUUUUUUUGGUUAUUUCAACCUACCGCUGCCCCCGCACUCUGGUGGCGUCCGUGAACCGUAUGGUGCACAUCUGGACGCCCAUGUUGGGACGCAAGAAGUCGGACAGAGUGGCGGCCGGCGCCGGACGAUCGAACGGGAAUCCCAUCGGACGCCGGUCCGGAUAUUUCCGGUCGCGGAUGCCGCAGUAAGAUGCCGCGUCGUUGCAAGUGCCGACUGUGUCUUGUUGUACCCGGUCCUGGUUCCAGUCGGUGACCAUGAGAUAGAGCACGACGGGGUACCCCUGCGCGGUGCCCUUGGGCAGCAGCAUGUGGUGCGGCCACCCGCAGCCGCAGAAGUCGAACUCCGCGGAGGCGGCGUCGCCGGGCUGGCCGGGCCGCGCCGCCUGGCUGCGGAACGUGCGCUCGUACGGGAUCGUCACCGACGACUCCGUCGAUGAGCGACGGAUCGUGUUGCUGCCGGCGUUCAAUGGCUGCGAGAACUUGUCGAGUUCGAUCAUCAAACGGCGCUGGUCCUCGAAGGGGAGUGGCUUGCCACUCUCGUCCACAGUUGGUGCUAUGAACACGCGGAACGUGCCCAUCGUCGCCUGACCGCUGGAGUUGUCCACUUCAAACACGUAUUGGAACUCCUCGUGCUGCAGAUGCGUGAAGCGGGCCAGCACGCUGCCGCGCGGCGUGAAGUCGAGCCCGCGCGACAACUCCACCGUGCUCUGCUCCCACUGCGUGCCCAGCGUGUUGUUGCCCGCUGCCCCCUGCACGCCUACCGACGACACGCGGAUGCCGGGGAAGUCCAGCCUGUCAGCGGGAUAAGGUGGUAGUUUUGACUUGUACAAGUUGAAGAUGUCGUCGAUGUAGGAAUGCCAGCGGUAGAACACGGGGUCGCGCAUUGCAGUCGCCGAGUCACCCAUCACACCGAAUUGUUCCAAGUGCCUGUGGUCCGGAUCGUGCGCGUAGGAGAUGAACACGUGGCCCAUGUUGUGCAGAUCGCCGUAGUAGCCGCGGUUGCGGCUCAGGAUCGACGACUCCAUCAGGUUGCCGAGUACGUCGAUACCCGUCUCCUCUGUGAGGGGCAUCGUCGAGUUGUUCGGCAUGAGGACGGCGUUGUUCUCGAUGGCCUGCAGGAAGCGGUCGCGCCAGGUCUCCAGCUGGGACACGUCGGCGCGGAUCUGGUCCACGGGCCGGUCCAGGUCUCUGAUCACCGAACUAGCGAACCUUGGUGGCCAAGUUCUACUGGCGACGUUGGAGUCCAGCUUGGGGAAGUACCCCUCAGCGAUGGGCGCGCGGAAGUCGUUGUAUCUCGUCACACGACCCAGGUUAUUGCACAACCGCUCAGCGUUAUAUCUGGCUAUGAUCUGUUGAUGCAUGUAGUAGAACAGCUCUCCCCUGCGGUCCUUGUUAACGACAUCGAAGGCUGCGUCGAAUGGGUACACCAGAUGCCAGUGCCAGUGAUGCAGGUUGAUGCCGAUAUCCUCGCGGAAGUAUGCCACACGUUGCUCUGGCUCCGAGUCAGCGGCGGUCAGGCUCGACGGGAUUAUUACUGGCAUCCUGUUCCCGGAGGUGACAACGUUGGUGACCUCCCUUGCUCGCCGGAAUACCUUCGGGUCCAUGAACUUGUCUGGGAAGGACUCCACGAAUGUCGGAAUGUUCAGACCCUUCGUAUCAUCCCUGUGCAACAUGGCAACGGAGAGGCAAUAGUUGAACAUAUAGGGAUUGAUGCGCAACUGGCAGUACGAGCAGACCGACAUCAGGUCGUCCACGUCACGCAUACCUAAGAAGAUGUCGAUGAGUUUGCCGGACAACUUGCGGUGCUGUGGCACGAACAGCGAGAAUUGCUCGUUGUACGGCAGCUGCAUGGGCAGGGAGAGGUUGGGCAGAGCGAUGUUCCGGAUGGGGAUCGUACGAGUGGCUUCCGACCCAAAUCGGUUGGAUAGUGUCGAGCUCAGGCUCUUGUAUUUUUCUGGGUAAUAAUGGUCAGGUACUUCGAAGACCGCCUUCUCAUCGCCCUUCUGCAUGAAGCAGGGCUCCGUAGGCCGGUCGAAGAACAACAGCAGAUUGUUUCGGUCACCCAUCUUGUAAGCACAAGAUUUAACUGGUCUUCAAUAAAAAUAAAUUAACUUGAAACUUAUUUAUGGGUACCUAUCUAACUAUAUAGAAUAGAUACUUCAGCAGAAACUUAUUAUUAUGUUUCAAGCCGUGCACUACGGCUUGAGUAUGGAAACUUGGAAAUUUAAAAGGGUAUUUAUAGUGAAGAAGGCGGGCGGACCGGGCGCAAAAAGCGCGGCGCGGCGCGGCGUGUGCAGCGCGUCG